CUGUGAUGUCUCUACCCGCCCUGCUCCUCUUCUGGUAGUGAGACGAUGGCGUCCCGGAGCAGUCUGUCUGAUCUGUUUCCUCUCCAGACCCAGCUCGACACCGCCCUGACGGAGGCCACAACUCAAACAGAGAAAGAAAAGAUCGUCUAUGAAUAUCUGAAUAAGUUAGAAGAGAGUGGAGAUCUGAAGAUAUCCGAUUUCCAGCCAGGCCUGGAAUGGUUGAACACAGAGGGGCCGCUUUCUUUGGAGAAGGAGCUGUCCGGGAAGGUGGUGGUCCUGGACUUCUUCACGUACUGCUGCAUCAACUGCAUGCACAUCCUGCCUGACCUGCACCGCCUGGAGAACACUCACUCUGUCACGGAUGGGCUGGUUAUUGUGGGUGUACACUCCGCCAAGUUCCCAAAUGAAAAGGUGCUGGACAACGUGCGCAGCGCCGUGCUGCGCUACGACAUCCGCCACCCGGUGGUGAACGACGGCGAGGCGCGGCUGUGGAGCGACCUGGAGGUGACCUGCUGGCCCACCCUGGUGCUGCUGGGGCCCCGGGGGAACCUGCUCUUCUCCCUGGUGGGCGAGGGCCACCGCCAGCGGCUGCCCCUCCUGGCGGGCGCGGCCCUGCGGUACUACGGCGAGCGGGGGCUGCUGACGCCGCAGGGCGUGGGGCUGAAGCUGUACCGGGACUCCCUGCCGCCCACGCUCCUCUCCUUCCCGGGGAAGGUCGCCGUGGACGACGGCGGCGGCGACCGCGACGGGAAGAGGCUGGCCAUCGCCGAUACCGGGCACCACCGGAUCCUGGUGGUGUCGUCCACGGGGAGGCUGCUGCACACCGUGGGAGGUCCGGGGAGCGGGAGGCGUGACGGCGACCUGUCGGAGGCGACCUUCUAUGCACCGCAGGGCGUGGCCAUGAGGGGCGACCUGGUGUACGUGGCAGACACCGAGAACCACCUGAUCCGCAAGAUUGACCUGUUGACGGGGAGAGUCACCACCAUAGCUGGGGACGGCACUCAGGGAACCGACAAAGAAGGCGGAGCCAUGGGACCCCAGCAGCCAAUCAGCUCUCCUUGGGAUGUGUGCCUGGGAACCGCGGGCGGUAUGGAGUGGAACGUGCUGUGGGUUGCCAUGGCAGGCUGCCACCAGAUCUGGGCUCUGUUCCUGGAGGACGGAGCGCUGCCAAAGGGAAGGUGGGAGACCAGACGCUUCACACCCCAUAAUAACCCCCGCUCAGUGCAGCUCGGCUGGGCCCUGCGGGGCUUCCUGACCGCGCCCUCCUCAUUCCCCAUCUCCCUUCCCGACGUCACCGACUCGGGGCCCCCGCGUGCCCAGCCCGGAGCGCCGAGCACCAGAGCCCCCACGCUGCCCAAAUCGGCCCCCCACAUCAAGCUGGCCCCGGUGGAGGUGGCCCUCGGCAGGCUCAGCCUGGAGCUCAGCCUGGAGCUACCGGAGGGGGCCAAGCCCACCGAGGACGCCCCCAGCUUCUGGAGGCUGUCUGCUGAAGGUAACGAGUGGCUGCUGGAGGGCCAGUCCCUGGGCGGCGGCAUCGUGGACGUGGCGGCCCCCGUGUCGGUGUCCCCGCGGCUGCCCCGCGCCCCCCCGCCGGGGGUGGACGACCUCACCCCCUCCCUCACCCUCAGUGUGUGGGUGUACUUCUGCGUGGCGGCGGGCGGCGCCUGCAUGAUGAAGGCCGCCUCCUUCUGCCAGCCGCUACACCUCUCCCGCCCGCCCGGGGAGGGGGAGGGGGAGGCGGUCACCGUGGCGAUGACGCACACCUUGUUGUAAAAGGUUCUCGCUUUGUCUCGGUGUCCCGCUAUCUCUGUCCCUGACUUUGUCUCGCUCUCUCUGUCUCUAUCCCUCUCACACUCUGACUCUGACUCUGACUCUGACUCUGUCUCUCUCUCUCUCUCUCUCUCUCUCUCUCUCUCUCUCUCUCUCUCUCUCUCCUCUCUCUCUCUCUCUCUCUCUCUCUCUCUCUCUCUCUCUCUCUCUCUCUCUCUCUCUCUCUCUGACUCUGUCUCUCUCUCUCUCCUCUCUCUCUCUCUCUCUCUCUCUCCUCUCUCUCUGACUCUGUCUCUCUCGCUCUCGCUCUGACUCUGUCUCUCUCUCUCUCCCUCUCUCUCAUUUUCUCACCCUGACUCUCUCUCUCCGUCUGGUCUUGCCUGUUGAUAUUUCCUGAUAUCAUUGUUUUUCUGUCCGUCUCUCUCCAGAAUAUUUAUGAAGUCUGACGAUAAAUCUGUACGAACCUGAUAAUCCGUAUGAACCUGAUAAUAUCACCAGGAAUUCUGGUGCACCAUGUAAUGCCAAGUCGAUAGAAUCUGUAUGUGUCUCUCACCCUCGUUUAACCAGCUGAUACAAUUAUACCAAACUGCCAUGAAUCACCUUUCCAACAUUAACCAGCGUCACCGUUGGACGUCAUCAGCGGCUUACAGUGUCAAACCUGCUCACUGAUCGAACGGGAGUGAUCUAUAAAUCUAUUGUGCUCCUUAUAACUCUAUAAAUCCUUCCCAAGGGUUUAAAAGGACAAAAAUUAUAAUAGGAUUGACAAUAGGUAUUUUAUUUAAUGUACGUUAUGCAACUCUAUAAGUCUUCCAUAAUUUGUAAAUUAAUAUAUUAUAUGAUUGGGUAUCACGGUAGCUAUGUAAAGUAAGUAGGUCUUCAUUUGUCUAAUAGGCUUACGAACUUGUCAGCUUUAACUGGAGAUGUCUGGGAUUUCCGCCCGCACGCUUUAAAUGCUCCUUAAACAUGUUUCCCGGCAUGUGUCCUUGAGUUUAACAUUACGGUGUACAAACAGUGUUGUUCUUGUUGUUUUUGUGCAGCGGUUCGAUCAGGGGUUGAGCACAACGCACACGUUUUGUAUUGUACUCGCCCCUGGUCAAACUGUGAAAGCACAGGUCCAGCGGAUCAACAGUGUGAUGCCCAUGAGCACUACGUCAGCCAAUCACGACUAUGGAGUGCCAUGCAAUGGAAAGUUUGCUCUUCCAUUCUUUUGUACGAUGUCUAAUCCUUUUGUGGGUGUUUUUUUAAUUUUUUUUAUUGUUUUGUCCGCUGAACGUUCAUGUUGUCAUGGGGACUGCGCUGCAGCCAUUUUGCGUUUAUAUUCUAAUUACGCCUCCGGCACGAAAUCCCAACUGUUGGAUUCCCUGCCCGGUACAAGUGCCUUGGAUGACGAUGUGUGUGCGCGCGCAUGUGUUGUGCUAGAUGGAAACAAAAAUGUCUCAAUAAUGGUUUUAAAAGCAAUAAAAAAGUAAGUGUUUCCAUGUUG